AUGCGGUAUAUAAUCGCAAUUAUUUCUGAUCCAGGAAUCCUUACAAAACUAUCAGUUGUUUUGCUAGUGGGAUUGCUUGCAUUGGCAUAUCAGGCAAUUAAUCCUCCACCUCCUAAAAUCUGUGGAUCUUCCAAUGGUCCACCUGUCACAUCAUCCAGAAUUAUACUUAAAGAUGGAAGGAACCUUUCCUAUAUAGAAACUGGAGCCCCGAAGGAGACAGCCAUGUACAAGAUCGUUUUUCUUCAUGGCAUGAACACCAGCAAACAUAGUGCAUUUCCCAUCUCUCAGGAACUGAUGGAUGAAUUUGGGAUUUACAUGGUGUCUUUUGACCGGGCUGGAUAUGGAGAGAGUGAUCCAGACCCAAAUAGGUCUGUGAAAAGCAAUGCUCAGGAUGUUGAUGAACUUGCUGAUCAGUUAAAUCUAGGUCCCAAGUUCUUUGUUAUUGGAUUUUCCUUUGGAGGAGAAUUAGCUUGGGGCUGUCUCAAAUACAUCCCUCACAGACUUGCAGGUGCAGCAUUAGUUGCUCCAGCUUUCAACUAUUGGUGGCCUAAUUUCCCUUCUAAUUUAUCUAAAGAUGCCUUCAGUCAGCUGCUUGUACAAGACCAGUGGGCGUAUAGAGUUGCUCACUAUGCCCCAUGGUUAAGUUACUGGUGGAACACCCAGAAGUGGUUUCCUUCUUCAACUGUUCUAGCACAGGAUCCACCUAGUGAUAUCUUUUCUACCCAAGACAAAGAGAUCCUGGCCAAGUUAGCAGGAAGAAAUCAUCACAUCAAGGUACUGAGUUUUUUUCCCAGCAUUUUAUCUUUAAGUUUUGCUGCGGUAAAUUGA